GAGAAGAUGGAGAUAACAAAAGAGGAGCUCCAGGUGUGGAUCAGGGAGAUGGUGACGAACAUGAAGCUGAUCUCCCCAGAUGUGCUAGAGAAAUGCAAUCUGCUGCAGUCUCUACUGGAUAUGAGGGAGGGACAAGCCGUCAACUUCCUGAAGCUCUGCGAGUCUGUGAUGGCAUGUGAAGCAGUUGUGAGGAAACAAUACGCUUUGCUGGGGUGGGAGUACAGAGACACAGAUUCUGAUGAUGAUGACGACAAUGUUACAGGCUCUGGAAAUAUACCUGACUCUGUUCAUUCGGAGACUCUAGUGCCCAGCCUUCAAGGUACUAAUGGCCCCACUCCUCUGUCACCAAAGCAACAGGACAGCCUUAACUUAAAUGGAGAUAAUGGGGGAAAAAGCUCUCGUAGUCUAAAAAGAGAACCAGUGGUGGUUUUAACCAGACUUCCAAACUCGGAUGACUCAGAUGAUUUUGAUCAUUGUUUCUCGAGCGCAAGUAAGAGGAGAAAAAUACAUCAAAAUAAUGAAAAAACUGCCAAGAGCAACUUAACAAAAACAUCAAUACCUCAAGCCAAUGGAAAUACUGCUACGAAACCAGCUCAAGCCAAUGACAAUACUGGUACGAAACCAGCUCAAGCCAAUGACAAUACUGGUACGAAACCAGCUCAAGCCAAUGGCAAUACUGCUGUGAAGAGUCAGGCAACAACAACAUCAACACCUCAAGCCAGCACAAAUACUGCUGCAAAGAGUCAAGAGGCAAUAAAAACAUCAACACAUCUACCUACCGCAAACACCAACAUUAAGAGGAACACAGUGAUCACAUCAUUGCCCCAAGCCAGCACAAGUAAUGAUGACAAAAUCAACACUGAGGAAACAUCAACACCCCAAGGCAACAGAAAUAUCGACGCUAAGACCGACACCGCGAACACAUCAACGAAGCCUGUAAACACCAAUGAAAAUAUCAAUGUGGGCAUGAAUGUCCUGGCCAGGAAGAGGAUGAUGAGCUGGAAAUUGGGGAAAAUCAUUGAAAUUGUAAAAACGGAGGAUGGUGGGGUGAGAUACAAGAUCAAUUUUGAGGAGAAAGGGAAGAGGCUUGUCUCUGGACACCACAUCGCUUUUCACCACGUGCCAAAUGUGAGUCAGCUGUAUGUUGGUGCUCGUGUGGUGGUCAGGUGUCAAGAUGAAGAGAUCCAGUUCAAGCCUGGUAUUUUGGCAGAGCUCCCAUGCAGGAAGAACCAGUCAAGGUUCCUUGUCUUUACUGAUGAUCACACACCUGUUUAUGUUGGCUUACCUUUAAUUCACCUGGUGUGCAGACCAUUGAAAGAUGCUUUAGACGACAUUCCAGACAGCCCUCACAAGUAUUUCAUGAAGCAGUACUUAAAGGCCUGGCCUUCCCCACAUUUAUGCCAGGGAAAGGUUGGACAGCUCCUGAAUGUGGAGUUAAAUGGAGUCCAACAGAGGUGUGAGGUGCAGGUGGUCGACUGCAGCUUGAUCCAGGUUGUUUUUCAGGGUGAUCAACAUAUUGAGUGGAUCCACCGAGGCUCCAUACGAGUGGAACAUGUUGCUAAGUUUUUGAAAAGAAAGUGGGAAGAGCAAAGAGCGAAAGAUGAAAGAGGUCAACUAUAAUGUGGGCCCGGAAAAUGGAAAUGUUCAGUUCAGUUUCCAUAACUAUUGGCCCAAAGUGAUGUGCCAAUGGAUUGUUUUUCUGGGAAACAUAAACUGGAACCAUCUCAGCCCAAAAUAGCAUUUACUGUUAAGAAAUGCUUUCAGAUGUAAUGUUUACUCUUUUUUCCCAUUACAGUUGUGCA